UGAAUAGGCAUGAAGAUAGCGGCGCCAUCAUGAAUCAUGAUAUUCAUAUAAUGCAGAUUAAAGUCGCUCGGGGAUGAGGAAGCGAUGCCGCAGACUUUAUUAAAGCAGCUUACAAUGAUAUUUAGUCCGAUGUGGGCAGUGGUAGUGAAGAGACGAAAGGGUUACUUUCUUACUACACGAAGACGUGCCACCAUGCUGUUGUCGCCGUCCUCGGUGCUGAUUCUCCUGCUGUUGGCGGGGUGGCCGUGUGAGGGAGAAACCUACAGGUCCGACAUCAGUUUUGAUGCUAAGUUCCCCUCAGACGGUGACUUGGUAGAGGGAAACAGCAGCUUUGAGUGGCAGAUUUCAUCUGACGGUAACGUCACAUCGGGAAACAGCAGUUUUCCAAAAAACGGCAACUCCACAAGGACCAAGAACGACUGCGAAAAGAGCAACAAGAGUCUCGAGUGGAAGUUUGCCGCAAAAGUCAACAUUGGCGAGCCCUCCACCAUCAUGGAAACCCUCACCCGGGUGCUGGCGGAGUUAUCACUUUUUGAGCAGCAUCUCGGUGCUACAAGAGUGCUUCUGGACAGAGUGCGUCAUCAGACCGCAAUCGCCACAGAGGUUCUGGCCCCAUAUCAGCGUUUGGGCGCCAAGAUGUACAAACUCCUGGACACCAUCCUCACGUACGAGGAAGCAAAAGCCGCGUGUGAGGCCGAAGGCGCGACCCUCCUGGCAACGAAGGACAAGGCAACCCAAGAUGGACUCACCCGGCACCGUGCUCACUGGCUGUCCCAAUCUACGUGGUUGGGUCUCCGGAAGAAUCCGACUGCAGCUGAAGAACAGUGGGUGUGGAGUGACGGUGGGCCGCUAGGGGGAUGGACGCAAUGGGGCGGUGUAGCCAACUGCCUACCAGACCCAGACUGGCUUGAGUCGAUUUCCAUCAGCCUCGAAGACGGAGAUGAGUGGCUACGACCCCAGAUAGAGCCACCCAGGUGCCCCGAGGGACAACUGAAUUGCACAUAUUUGACUGCUGAAGGUUUCUGGUACAAGGCAUCGUGUGAUUCCAAGGCCAAUGGGAUUUGUCAGCGACCAGUCCCUGGGUGUAAGUCUGCCCGUCCACGCGAAGUGUUCCGUGUGGAGAGGAGCUCCGGGAUGCCCGUGUACUCAACCUGGCAGAGGGUGGGACUCGACAUCUGGGCGGAGUGGAACGUGCAGGAGGUGAUUGUGGAACUGUUCAAGGAUCACACCAGCGUGCUGAAGUUGGUGUUCGACGGGAAAGGCAGCGAUCACAUGAGCUGGUUCUCCCCGGACAACGUGCUGUCUGCCCCAUGGACAGAUCUCAUCGAGCCGACGUUCUUCAGCAUCCAGGGGGACAAGAGAAAUGACAGGCGUUUCUUCAUCAACGAACGAUACUACAGCUGUGAGCACGACCAGGGCUGGCUGGCCGUGCUGGAGUCGGAGAAACCUCCAUGCGCCUGGGAACGUCCUCAUGGCUUCACUAACGACGACCUACCCAUCAUCCUCUACUCCACAGCCCCGUGGAAGGUCACCUGGGAACAGGUUUCAGGUAUAAACUACGUCGGCGUGGCGGACUUCAUGACGGUGUCCAUUGUUGAGUGCCAGAACCUGUGAGGAGCGCAUGGCGUGUUCUGUAGGCGGCUCCUUCGACUGGAGAGCGAAGAUAAACAGCGAUUUGUAGUAUUACUUGUAGUACCACAUGCUCUUCAAGCAGUGUUUCCGCUGCCGCUGUUUUAUGACGUGUUUUAUGCGUUGUUAUCGGGCUUUUUAUUUUGUGCUCCUCAGAAUACAGCACAAAAUAGAAAGUCCUAUAGCAACGCCUAAAACGCGUAAAAGCAGUCGGAGCCGAACCUUUGCUUGGAGAGAAGUAUUAUAAAGGUAGAUUAGAAGUGGUUAACCUGUGUAUACCUAAGGUGGUUUCAGAAUAUCGAAUCGUAAACAAGUUAACCUUUUCAAUUGUGUAGGGUUACCUGACUAAGUUCCCCCAUACUGUGAAAAAAAACUAACAGAGAUAUGUGACAAGUCUGCAUUGCAAUUGUGCAAUUUUGGCCAAGUUGAAAUCCGCAGUUCAGGGCUGGCUUGAUACCUCUGUCUCUAAGAUAAUGGGGACGUCAUUACAUGAGAAAUGUGUAUCGUAAUUAAUGCUUUUAUUGUAACGUGUUUUAUGCAAGUAAUAGGUGAUCACUGUUAUGUUAAAAUAUUUGAUUACAUUGGUAGUUGCCCUAGUAGCUGCUGUGUUUUUAACAAUGCCAUUUCCGUAGUACAUUACUGUUGCAUUAUUAGUUUGAUGAUGACCAACGCUCAAGUACCGAUACACACAUUUAUUGCACAUUGGAAUGGACAGAAAACAAAACUUCAAUGGUCUCAAACAAAUUCUUCACUCGCCACGGUUGUACUGGGAUGAUCACUGUGCUAUCUCCUGUAUCAAACCUGCCAAGUCUGGAAUGGAGGUAGAAGUUGUUGUAACUACGACAAGGGGACUGUAACACAUGUAUCUUCCCAUUGCUGAGUAGACUUUGGUUGGUACAAUUCUCUCCGUCACUAAAUGCCCAGUUACCAUGGUUACAAACGUUCCUGAGGAAAAUCUAAUUUUUACAGUGUUUACCACAUUUCAUGACGUGUCAGCACAGACUUCCGUACAGAUCUAUUUCAAAACAUGUACAUUUUUCUGAAAAAGAAUGAAAGAUGGG